AUGGGCCGGUGAGCUCACAGGAUGGAGCCCUCCCUGCCCGCCCCGUGGGCCUGGAACGGCUCUAGGGGGGUGCGGGGGCUCCAGCCCCCCCCGGGCUCCAUGCCCCCCAACGGGACGGUGGAUGGCAAACCCAAAGACGUGGCCUCCAAGUCGGUGGGGUUGUUCUUCAUGCUGCUCCUGGACCUGACGGCCAUCGUGGGCAACGCCGCCGUCAUGGCCGUCAUCGUGAAGACGCCGGCGCUGCGCAAGUUCGUCUUCGUCUUCCACCUCUGCCUGGUGGACUUCUUGGCCGCCCUCACCCUGAUGCCCCUGGAGAUGCUCUCGGGCUCGGCCGUUUUCGACAGCCCCGUGUUUGGGGAGGCCAUGUGCCGCGUCUACCUGUUCCUCAGCGUCUGCUUCAUCAGCAUGUGCAUCCUCUCCAUCUCCACCAUCAACGUGGAGCGGUACUACUACGUGGUGCACCCGCUGCGGUACGAGGUGAGGAUGACGGUGGGGCUGGUGGCCUGCGUCCUGGUGGGCGUCUGGCUCAAGGCCGUGGCCACCUCCCUCGUCCCCGUGCUGGGCUGGUUGUCCCUCGACCGACCGCCGGCGCCCGCCGGCCGCGGUUGCUCCUUGCAAUGGAGCCGUGGGCCCUACUGCAAGUUCUUCGUCGUCUUCUUCGCCGCCUUCUACUUCCUCCUGCCCCUCCUCAUCAUCGUGGUGGUCUACUGCAGCAUGUUCAAGGUGGCCCGGGUGGCCGCCAUGCACCACGGCCCCCUCCCCACCUGGAUGGAGACUCCGCGGCGCCGCUCCGAGUCGCUCAGCAGCCGCUCCACCAUGGUCACCACCUCGGGAGCCCCCCGGACCACCCCCCAGAGGACGUUUGGGGGGGGCAAGGCGGCCGCCAUCCUGCUGGCCGUGGGGGGCCAGUUCCUCUUCUGCUGGUUGCCCUACUUCUCCUUCCACCUCUACACCGCGCUCAGCUCCCAGCCCUUGGCGGGGCCGGCGGCCGAGACCGUGGUCACCUGGCUGGGUUAUUUCUGCUUCACCUCCAACCCCUUCUUCUACGGGUGCCUCAACCGGCAGAUCCGGGCGGAGCUGGGCCGGCUCCUCACCUGCUUCUUCAAGCAGCCGCCCCCGGAGGAGCUGCGGCUGCCCAGCCGGGAGGGCUCCAUCGAGGAGAACUUCCUGCAGUUCCUCCAGGGCACCGCGUGUCCCGCAGAGCCCCCGCCCCGCACCCCCAGCCCCAAAACGGAGCCCCCGCCCCUCCCCGCCGGUUUCCGCAUCCCGGGGCAGAUCGAGGAGGAGGCGGCGGAGGGGCCGGAGCGCCGGGGGGCGGACGGGGGCUCCGUGCCCGUGGUCGCCUCUUCCAAGCCGGAGCUGUAG